AAUUUAACGCAACAGAGAUUGAAAUUCUGAAAUAAUUCUAAAGAUAAAUUUAAAUGAACAUUUAAAGUAGGAGAUGAACAACUCCAAUCGAUCAGCAGCAAGCAAGCAAGCAACGGCAAUGUUAGCAACAUCAAUAAAUCAGCAGCAACGUCAAUAAAUCAGCCGGAACGUCUUUAGAGCAGGGGCUUUUUCCAACGUCUUUUUUUUUCCUCAUUUUCUCUAAAUCUUGGUUGACUGCUUCUUGGCUUCUUGCUCGCCGGUCUACGGCCCUACUCCGGUCUGUCGCGUCUGACGCCUCCGGUCUCCGCCUUCUCGUACAACCGCGUAGGUCUGCUGCAGCCUGCAGUGGCGCCGCCGCUAGUGUGCUCAGUCUCGACUGUGCUGCCCUUCGCCGUUCUGCUCCGUGCUCUACUACCACCCACCGGUCGCCGCUCCGGCCCCGGUGCUCCGGUAUCCGUCGUCCGUCGGCUAUGUUGGAGUUUGCAGAAACUUAGAGAGAUCGAAUAUCCGAAGCAUAGAUAUGAAUUUCCCGACUCGGAUCACUGAGAGAUUGCCCUUUCUUGAAGUUCUAAGCAGUCCUAUAUUCUCUGGUAGAGGAGUGUCCAAGCAGGAUUAUGUGCAUUUGAAGCAGCCUUUUCGGAGAUUUACCGGGGUUCGGGCGAAUACGGUUCCGACUGUAGAUGGAAAUUUAAAGAAUGGGAGAAGGGUUGUUCUCCCUGCAACUAAAGAGUACGCAGAUGAGGCAAUUCAAUCAAUCAAUGCAGGGAAAGUCAUUGCUGUGCCAACCGAUACAUUGUAUGGCUUUGCUUGUGAUGCUUGUUCUAGAGAAGCUGUCAACAGGAUAUAUCAGAUCAAAGGGCGCAAGCUUACAAGCCCUCUUGCAAUAUGUGUCGGGGAUGUUUCAGACAUAAAGCGGUUUGCAUUUACAAAUGAUUUGCCAGAAACUUUGCUUGAUGCUCUCCUUCCUGGUCCCGUGACUUUAGUUUUGAGGCGAGGAGAUUCAAGUAUUUUGGAGAAGUCCCUGAAUCCAGGAAUAGAUAGUAUCGGUGUUCGAGUACCUGAUAACGACUUUAUAAGGAUAAUAGCUCGGGGUUCUGGAAGUGCAUUGGCCCUUACUAGUGCAAAUUUGACUGGGCAUCGCAGCAGUGUCUGCAUCAAAGAUUUUGAGGGUUUGUGGGGACACUGUGCAUAUGUGUAUGAUGGUGGUGAGCUUCCAAUGGGUCGUGCAGGAUCUACAAUUGUAGAUUUGACAAAUUCUGGAAAAUACAAGAUAAUAAGGCCUGGCAGCGCGAGGGAAGAAACUAUUGAAAUCCUGCAGGAUCAUUUUCUUAUAGAAGAGAAGACUGAUAAUUCAUGAAUAUUCAACUUAAUUUUUGCAUGAGCUAAUUGUUGGAGGUCUUCCAAUGCUUUACGUGCAAGUCUGCAAUUUUGUUCAACUUUGUAUGAUAGUAUUACCAGUAUGCUUUACUGUAAUCAUAUUCUUUUGUUUUUAAA